GUUUCAAUUUGAAACUCAGUGAAUGCUGCUCACUUUUUACUCCACACCAAUCCACCAAAUUAUAAAUCAGGAAGCUGAGAAACACACUGCUGUGGAGGUUAACCACCAGGUAGCAGCCCUUCCAGACCCAAGCUGCUCUCCUCUCACAAACCACACUGCUCAAGCCUUCUAGGCUCCCUGGAGGUACACCUGCCAAGCUAGAUGAUGCCCAAGGAGGAGCAUGAGGUGACCAUGCUGGGGGGACCCCACCACCCAGCUCCUGAGACCACCACUGUGAUCAACAUCCCCAGUGACAACCCUGUGCCUGACCACGUGGUCUGGUCCCUCUUCAACACGAUCUUCAUGAACACAUGCUGCCUGGGCUUCAUAGCUUUUGCCUACUCCAUAAAGUCUAGGGACAGGAAGAUGGUGGGCGACGUGAUCGGGGCCCAGACCUACGCCUCCACCGCCAAGUGCCUGAACAUCAUCGCCCUGGUCUUAAGCAUCAUCCUGAGCAUUGUCUUCAUCAUUUUAUUUGCCAGAGUCUUCACAGAACUCAACCAAAUAGUCUAUCAUAUGAAAAAGGAUUCUCAGGGCUACUAGUCUUGCUGUGUUCUCAGCUCCACAGCUGCCCUAACCCUGGAAUGGGUCCUGCCCUUCACCCCACACCCUGACCAGCUGUCCACAAUUGGGAUCAAUAAAGUGUGCAUGUUCCUACUG